AAUAAUAUUUACUCCUAACAUAUUAUUUUCUAGUUUAUUACUAACGUUUUUAUUUUAUAUUAUUCAUUAUGGCAUUAACUAAAGAAGAGAAAAAGGCAAAGAAAGAAGCCAAACGGCUAGAAAAACUUAAAGCAGAAGAGGAGCAACGGAAAAAAUUAAAACGCGAAGAACUUGAACGUGAAAUGGCUGCUCAAGCCUUAAAGAGAGGUGAAUUGGACAAAACCUGGCGCGAAUUAAUGCUAAAGAUCAAAGAACCUGUUUUUAGACAGGAUAUAGAAGUUAUGUGGCAUACGUUUGAAAGAGUAUAUGAUAAGAAAGACCAUUUAAUAAAUCAUACGAUGAAAUUAAUGGACGUUGCCGAUGAUCAAUUUCAACGUACUGUAGCAAGUUUUUGCGAUACUAUCGAUACUAUGAUCAAUAAAUUCUUAUUUGAUUUAGAAGAAAUGUCUAAAGACAAUAAUCGUAGAACUUCUGAGUUAUUAAAACAUGGCGCAGAUGAUGCAGCACAAAUUAUGUCUGAUCAUAAUACGGCGGAAACACAUUUACAACUAUUACUAUAUCAUGGACACACUACGGCUGACUCCUUAGCGUGGACAACACGUGGUGAGAAUCUAGUUAAAGAAGAUGAAGAACGUAUGAAAUAUGUAAAUGAUAGAGAAAAUUUACGCUCAUUUCUUGAAAAUAAUUAUAGUGGUCUAUGGGAUGAAUAUAAAGGAGUGCUUAAAGCAUAUGUCGUUAAUACAGCUGAUAACCAAAAACAGGUGCGUAAAUUGCGUCGCAAAGAGAAUUUGAUGGCUGACAUUAUAGCAUCGCAAAGUAAGAAAAUAGCCAGUAGCGAUGGAAUAUUAAAACGAUUGCGGACAGAAUUGGCUGCAUAUGAAUCGGGAACAAAGCAGGCAGUAUUCAGAGACCGCCGUAACAGACACAGAGCUGCUUGUUUUCGAUUAAAGCAAUGUCUUAUUAAUGGAUGUACUACAGAUUUAAAACAAUUAGCGACUUUAGUUAAAGCUUCCGAUAGUGCUGUCGAGUGGCUUGAACUAGCGGUUAAGAAGGGUGAAAAAAUACUUAGAAUGGCCGCACUUUGCAGAAAAUUUGAGACGAGACGUGAAAAAGUACUUCCAUUUGGGUCAGCAAUGCCAUAUUCAUCAACACAAGCGAAAAGUAACGUACGUAGACAACAGUCAGAUGAUUCAUUAGUUGUUAAUGCUAUAUCAACAACUUGUGGCUUGACCCGUCUUUGGCAACGUAUCGCAAAAGCGGAAUUAACUAAAAGGGCUCUAAUUCGUGAAAAAAUAUUUCUUCAACAUGAAAAUGCACUUAUAAUGAAAAAAAUACAAGAUUUUAAAGAGAGAAAAAUAGGUCCUGUAACACAUGUGUGUAGCUGUAGUAAUGCAGGGCCAGCAAAAUCGAUAGUACGGCCUACUGCUAUUGAAGGUGUUUUAGAAGUUAAUAAAUACAUCAAAAGUUAAUAUAUUGUAACGACCACAUAAAUAACAAUAUCGGAUGUUUUCGUGUACAAAUAUCACGAUACUCAAUUAUGAAGACCGACUGCUUCCGCUUUAGGUAUAUUGUGAUAUAACAGGAUUUAUAAACGAGAAUUGGGCUCAUUGAAUCACGGCAGAAAAGCGCAGACAUUGCAUGUCGCAAUGACCUGAGAUGAGAUCCUCGUGAGACACUAGCGAUUCUACUUUGGCAUUACCUACUUUUUAUAUUUUGCCCCAUAU